AGCAUCGAAGGCAGCGCGACGAAGCCAACGGCCCAUAGAUCCACCACGGGGCGAAUGCCCAGCUGCAGAAGAUCGCCAGAUGGGCGUGCAAGGGCAAGGUUCAGGACAAGUCACGCAUGCGGUCGGGCGGAGACGGCAUGUCAGGACUCAAGCCACCGAGCGCCACUCGAGAGCGCCGCUCCGCUCGAGCAUCGGCAUGGCAUGGAUCUGCGACGCAUGGCGUUCCGGGGGCGUUCGUGUGUGUAUACGGCGUUAUAUCGGUCGCCGGGAGGAUCGAAGCUCUUAGCUCGUACAUAGGUCAACAAGGCGUGGAUGAUGGGGAAGGAAGCAAGAUGACCUUUCCUCGCCGAAAAAUCUCCACGGACGAUGUCAUUGAAGGGAAGGUCUCGUCACAGUCGACAGGCCCUCGCGCGGCGGCUCCGAAGAUUCACUUCGCCACGUGCCUCGUCAAUGGCUGAUGGACAUAUCUCUCUCUCUCUCUAUAUCCCUCUAUAUGCAGGGUCCAUUAUUAUCAACGAGACUUGAGGAUAUCGACCCCGCGGCGUCAUACGAUCAUUCAUCAUAACCGGCUGCAUCGAGAGAGGGAUGGGGGAAUCCUUCACUGCGCGCUUUCUCACGCGGUGCUCACGGAACGGAUUCGCGCAGUCACGACAGGGGGAAAAAACUCCGGGGAAAAU